GUAACUUUUUGACAUUUUUGAUCGAAAUCUGAAAUCCAUUUCUUUAGGGAAAUACCAAAUACCCAUUAAAUUAAAUUUCUUGAGAAGAUAGGGCGUAAAAUAAUGGCUUUAUCGUGAAAAACCAAGUAUUUGUCCUGUAGGUACUAUCCUUCUUGUCAUUCAACCUCUAAAUAUCAAGUUGAUCUGCAGUUCUAGAAAAUGAUUGAUAUAAGCUCUUCAAAUUAUUCCAAAGGCGAGGUAAUUUGUGGAAUUGAUGGAAGUCUUAUGUUCAACUCACGAUCUUCCCAUCAAUCACAAACUUUUCGUCAUUUGCAUGUUCACAAGACUAUGCAAGAAAUCAUUCCUGGUGUUUACUUGGGCCCAUUCAAUUCAGCUCAGAGGAACUGUCUCUUGGAACAUGGUAUCAACUACAUAGUAUGUGUCCGACAGGAGUAUGAAGCUAACAUUAUAAAGCCACAGAUAAAUGAUCCUGCUUUUGCAUAUCUCACCCUAGAGAUAGCUGAUAAUGUAACAGAAAAUAUAAUAAGGUUCUUCCCCAAAGUUCGGCAGUUCAUUGAUGAAGCUCUUGCUAAUAAUUGCAAGGUUUUAGUUCAUGGAAAUAAUGGAAACUCCAGAAGUGCUACAUUGGUGUUGGCAUACCUCAUGGAAAAAUAUGGUUUAAGUUGUGGUGAUGCUUUGCAAUAUGUCAAGCAGAAAAGGGCUACAAUCAAUCCUAAUGAGGGCUUCCGAGCUCAACUAGUAGAAUACGAACCUAUUUACAAAGCUCGUCAGACGUUAUCGAAUGGGGAGACAUCCAAUGACAGCCGACAAAAAAGGAAAUGCGAACAGCUCACCGAGACAGUGGACUACAAUCUCAUUCAGAGACCUCCGAGUCCAGACAUAGCCAAUAAUAACCACAUUGAUGUAUAUUCCUGUAAAGACUUUUCUGAUCACUUGCACAGGCUCUUGAAAAAGAGUUAAGGUAACUGUAUCAACUUAAUCUUUCGAAGUUUUUGUUAUUUUUGUUGUUUUGUUCUUGAAGUAGAGAAUUUUCUGGGGUGAGAUUUGAGAUUUACUUUGGUAUUGUUAAAAGUGAUAGAAGCUACAACUGCCAAAUAACUUGCAGGCGAUCUGACUCAUUUCCACAAUUAUUUUUCCAAAGAUCAAUAUUCAUUUAUUUUGGGGCCGUUUUUUUUUCAAUAAUUUGAUGUAUAUUUUAUUGAUAUGUGCAAUCAUACCAUUCCAUCACUCAUUAUUCUGAUACUGAGGCUAUAAUCUUGAGUUUAUCUAGGCAUUAUCAAAGGUUUCACUGACUUUUGGAAUACGAAUUCUAAAACUAUUCUUUUUAGGUUUUAUACCAUAUAUCCUCUUGAGGAAAGGUUAGCAAUCGUUUUUGAAACAAUAGCAAUAGAUCAAUAAAAAAUAUAAUGACAUAGUUGGUGGUUUGGUGUGCGCUACAGUUAUAAUCUUGUCUUCUGAAGUGAAAUUAUGCAAUCAGUGAAUAUAUAUGUAUCCUCAAAGAAUUACUUAUUAUGAUGAAUCAAGGCAAACAAUAUUCAGUAUAUUCUGGUUAAGUUCAAACCAGUUGAAAAAACAGCAUGUUCACCUUCCUAAUUUGAAACUUUUUUCGUGUACAUACUGUAUUUUCACGCUAUGUUAACGAGUUGAACAUAAAUUGAUUCUGAUUACAUUUCGGUCAUUUUCAGCAUAAAACUAAACUAAGCACAAAUAAUCACCUUCAUGAAACAUGACAACUUGCAAAAACGGUUAUCAUAAGUGAAUUCGUUGAUUUAGGAAAGUAACAGUAGCUGACAGUUGAAUUUUGAAUAUUCCCCAGGUAUUAUUAGUCUUAUAUUCUAGAUUCAAUCAGCAGUUUUCAGUCUAAAAUAAUAAUCACCAUGAUAUAAUGUUUUAAAAUUGUUUGUUUCUUACCUACUUAUUGAUAACUGGAAUGAAUCAGACAGUUUGAUUGCUUGAAGAUAUAGUAUAAAAAGGUCUGUUCAUUUGUGAUGCUGAACUCGCUAAAGUUUAUUUUGUUCCCAUAGUUGUCUCUGUUCAUGGCUUAGUGUAAUCAUAGAAAGUUAUAUAAAAAAAUCAAGUUUAGCAGGUAGAGCAAACCUCGGAACAAACACAAACGAACAGGUCUUAUGCAUUAGUGCUUGUCAUAAGUUUUAAGAUUUGGUGAUGAAAGUUUUGCUGGCCUCACUUGAUGCUCAUGAUGUGUUACAUGCAUAUUGAAAACUGAUGUUUGAUCCUCAAACUAGUGCUUGAAUACACCAUUCAAACCACUUCACACUAGACAAUAAUGGCAAUAAAUCUUGCUGGUCAUGAAAAUAGAAGCACUUUCAGUUGCAACUAAGCACAUUCACUAUUGUUUUGAUUACCCACAUGUUCUUUUAUGGAGAGAUGAGGAUAGACUAUAUUCCACUAUACAGGGUGUCCUAGAAUAACGUUCUUAUACGCCGUAAGUCGAUUCUGUAGAUG